AUGAAGGUUGCGUCCCUCUUCCUCGCCGCCGCCGGUGCCGCCUCGGCCCUGACCAUCGCCGAGAUCAACGGCAACAAGUUCCUCUCCCCCUUCAAGGACCAGUCCGUGGCCAACGUCACCGGUCUUGUCCUCGCCAAGGGCCCCAGCGGAAUCUGGAUCCGCUCGACGACGCCCGACGACGACGCCGCCACCUCCGAGGCCCUCUACGUCUACGGCAGCUCCGUCGGUGCGAACCUCUCCGUUGGCGACCUCAUCACUCUGGACGGAAAUAUCCAGGAGUACAGGUCCGCAGCGAACUACAUUUACCUCACGGAGCUCAGCUCCCCCAAGAAUGUUGUCGUCGCUUCCAAGGGUAACCAAGUCGUCCCGCUGGUCAUCGGCGUCGACACCCUGCCCCCUCCCACCGAGCAGUACACCAGCCUCGACGGCGGCGACGUUUACGCCGUGCCCAACGCCGUCGCCAACAUCUCCACCGAGAACCCCGUCCUCAACCCCGAGCUCUACGGCCUUGACUUCUGGGAGUCCCUGAGCGGUGAGCUUGUCACCGUCAAGAACCCCGUCGCCGUCACCCGCCCCAACCAGUACGGCGACACCUGGGUCGUUGGCGACUGGCCCACUACCGGCCGCAACUCGCACGGCGGCAUCACCAUGACUGACAAGGACUCCAACCCCGAGGCCAUCAUCAUCGGCUCCCCCCUAGACGGCACCAAGAAUCCCGAGUCCAAGAUGGGCGACCAGCUCACCGAGAUCACCGGCGUUGUGACCUACGCCUUCGGCUUCUACCGCAUCCUGCCUCUAACAGCCAUCACCAUCGCCAAAAACGCCACCAACGACGCUCCCGCCACCUCUCUGGCUAGCAGCGGCGACUGCACGGGCAUCACCGUUGGCGACUACAACGUCGAGAACCUCGCCCCCUCCUCGGCCCACCUCCCCUCUAUCGCCGCCCAUAUCGUCGACUACAUGAAGACGCCUGACCUCAUCUUUGUCCAGGAGAUCCAGGACAACAGCGGUCCGACCAACAACGGCAUCGUCUCGUCCAACAUUACCCUCACUACCCUCACAACCGAGAUCGAGUCCCGCUCCGGCGUCGUCUACGACUUUGCUGUCGUUGACCCCGUCGACGGCAAGGAUGGCGGCCAGCCCGGCGGCAACAUCCGCGUCGCGUACCUCUACAAGCCCGACGUCGUCGAGCUGUGGAAGCCCAACCCCGGCGGCAGCCUCGACGCCAACGAGGUCCUCCCCGGCCCCGAGCUGAAGUACAACCCCGGCCGCAUUGCGCCCGCCAGCAGCGCGUGGGACGCCAGCCGCAAGCCCCUCGUCGCCGCGUGGCGCACCGUCAAGGGGACCCAGAGCAAGACCUUCUUCACCGUCAACGUUCACUUGGCCUCCAAGGGCGGCUCCUCCUCCCUGCACGGCGACCUCCGCCCUCCCGUCAAUGGCGUCGUGAACGCGCGCAUCGAGCAGGCCCAGCUCGCCGGCUCCUUCAUCGCCGAGAUCCUCGCUGCCGAUCCCGACGCGAGCGUCAUCUCCUCCGGCGACUUCAACGAGUUCGCAUUCGUCGAGCCCCUCAAAGUCUUCGCGGCCAAGUCCGGCCUCUUCGACCUCGACGAGGUCGUCGGCACCCCCGCCGAGGAGCGCUACACGUACGCCUACGACAUGAACGCCCAGGAGCUCGACCACAUAUUCGUCAGCCCCGCGCUCGCCGCCAGGAACGGGACCGCGUACGAGCACAUCCACGUCAACUCGUGGGAGCUGUACGACGAGCUCGUCAGUGACCACGACCCGUCCGUCGCGCGCCUUAACGUCUGCUAG